CGUCCCGUUCUCUUUCUCUUACACGGUCCAAUUUUGUAGUUCUGAAGCUCCAGUUCUGAUUCCGCAGGUGCAGAGCCUGCGGAUAGAAUUAAGUUUUUGUGUGGCAGAGUCUGAAAGGAACCAUGAGAAAGGGCUCUUCAUCAUCCCCUGAUACUGAAGCAUGGUUCCAGACCAUGGGCCCUCUAGGCACAUCUAGGAGGUAUUCUUCAGGGGCGUGAUGGGCAGCAGAUAUUAAAAGCUACCUCAUCCGUACCAGAACGUUGACACAGCUGCUUAUCAGAUCCGUACCUCACACCCACCAAUGUCUACUUCCGAAGAAGGUCAUCGCCGUCGCACCCCUUCAGUAGAAACUAAGCUUCAUCGCAUUCCAUCGAGCCAUACAUUCCUAUCGAGAGGCACGGAAGAAGUUACACGUCGCAUCUCACCGGAGUCUAUGCUGCUUAAAAUGCAAAAGAGCAAUGAAAGAUGGGCUGAUGUCAACAGAUGGGAACGUGUGUCAGACGACGAGCAAUGCAGUACGCAAUGCAGUACUAACCAGAAGAGAAUGUCAGAGCGAGAACCUACAUAUUUUUGGGAAUACUCUGCGGUCAACAGAGACGAACGCCAAGCGGCCGCCUGGCCGUCGAUGUACUAUCAUGCCCUUGACUACCAUCAGUUGAAACGCUCAGCAAGCGAUAGUUCUAUGGGCCACACCCCUGGGGACGAACAAUGUACCAUGCCGGUAACUCCGAAAGACAGACCUAUUACUCCUGUGGAAGCAGAGCAAUCAAAACAGGUACGAGAUGUUUCGUUACAGCAACUGAGGCAGUGGCACACUGGAACAGCUCUACAGGAGCAUCAUGGUGUCUAUGCACAUCAUCUGGUGAAGAGGACACAAAGUCUGGAACCAGUGCCACCACUGACAGAUAUGCUACAACAGCGGCCACCACAACUUGUUACAUUAGAAAGGGGAGCAAUUCUGGAAGGACAGGAAGCAGGUCCUCUACAACGACAAAAAAUGUACGAAGGACGGAGGAGAAUAACGGAGUACGUGCCGACGGGUGCACCAACUAUGCUUCACCACGUUCAUUGUCACCAUCAACCACAUCAAGGACUUGAAAGCAGGCCAGACUGGAAACCGGCACUGGGCACAAUGACGCGUCGUCAUACGAUGCAUCAUCAGCACCUAGGGCAAAAACUUCCAGUCGUUGGGCACGUGCCACUGGGAAGCCCCAUUAUUCGCCACCAAAUGUUACAUCAUCCGCAUGCAUACCAGCCGCAGCCAGUGCAGCAAGCGGCACGCAGCCCUUUACUACAGCCACGGUUCAUACACUGUGGUCCUGCGUCUCGUGGUACAACACCAGAAACGCAGAGGGGCAGUCAACAACGUUUUCCAAGCGUGGCUCCAAGUGAGUCAGUGUUAGGGCAAAACACAACGGAGGCUACAGGACUAAGGAAGCCUGAACUACUGCUUCUACAGCCUCCAUCACUAGUGUGGUACAUCAAUCAACCACGCGGUGGUACGCCAAUCAGCUGGUCCUCAAAGACCUCUCUAAAGGACUAUGUGAGGCCGCUUGAAAUGACGCCCAAGGACGUGGCAGAGAUACGAAGGUUCCGCAGGUGUCGUUUCGUCCUGUUACAAUGGAUCGUUCUGUGGGUAUUCAUUGUCACCGUCUCAAUACUUCUCUUUGCCAUUCUCCUCGUGAGACACUCGCGCUUGCCUCGGUUGGACAAAGACACGGAACGGCGUCUAGGAUUGUUCGUCAUGCUUUCUAAUCCAAAUAUGUCGGUGAACGACAGCAUUGACAGAAGCAUCGUGACACUCGCUGACGAAUCCAGGAUCAGACAGUACCUCAGAGAGGUCACCUCUGGGACCCACACAGCUGGCGUAAAUAGGGACGAACCGCUGUCCAAGUAUGUUGAGAAAGUAUGGCAAGAAAAUGGGCUAAACACUACUGCAGCGGAUCUCUAUUCUGUGAUGCUGGCUGUGGGCGACGCUGACCACCUAAGCACAAUCUAUGCAACCAGUGCCACAAUGCCAUCUGUGAAUACGUGGUCGCCGAGCUUCGCUGCUCCGGAGAAAGCAAUUCCUGGUGUGGCUGAAAAGUUCGGACCAGUUUUCAACGCUUACUCCAGAACUGGAGUGGCCGAAGGUCAGGUCUACUACUGCAACCGCUGUCUUCGCGAAGACUUUGAAGGACUCGUCAAGAUGAACCUCAGCCCGGUGCAUAAGAUCUGUUUGUGCCGUUAUACCGCUGACGUAAGCCCCGGGACGGCUGCCAUGCACGCCGAGGAAUAUCAUGUGAAGGGCAUCAUGUUCUUCAUGGAUCCAGAGGAUGUAGCUCCAGACGAUGGCAAGCCCCAGUUUCCGCAUUCCUGGUGGAUGCCUCUAACCGCGGUGAGACGGUCAAAUCUGAGGUCCCCCGGAGAUAUCGGCGAUCCGAGCACACGCGGUUAUUCAUCCAGAAGUUGGUCUUCUGGCUUGUACAGAGCGAAAGGGAAUAACUUGCGUCUACCAAGGGUCUACUCGCAACCAAUAAUGGCGAGGACAGCUCAAGGUUAUAUGAGCAUGCUGCAAGGGAAACCAUGUCCUGACAGUUGGGCUCCCCAUCUUGCUUACAACUGUUAUAUUGGCGACAUGUCUGACAUCACGGUCCACAUGGAUAUAAAGAACAUCCUUCGACAGAUGCCCAUCGAAAAUGUGAUGGCCUACAUCGAGGGAGCUGUUGAACCAGAUCGCUAUGUCAUCCUUGGGGUCCCCUUGGACAGCUUCAGUACUGGAGCGGCAUCUCCAGGCACUGCGAUCACGCAAGCUCUGGAAGUAACCCGUAUCUUUGGAAGGCUGAUACAAGACAAGCAAUGGAGGCCACGAAGGACGAUACUGUUCACAGGAUGGGACGCGCACGAACUUGGGCACAUUGGCGCCACCGAGUAUGUCGAGGGAAACAGGCACGUGCUGAUGUCGAGGGCAGUACUGUACAUCAACUGCGACAUCUGUACCUCUGGUGGAGAGUUUAUGGUGUCUGGUUCACCUUCCAUAUCUGCUUCAUUCACGGAGGCCGCGAAAGUGGUACCACAUUUCAGCGAUCCUCACAAGGCCUACUAUGACGUUUGGCAGAAAGACCCAAAGACAAAAGUUACUGCUCAUGGCGUCCCUGUACUGCCUAUACUGAGGUCUGAGGGUGGCCAUCUUCCAGUUGUCCAGAUAUCUGGAGUGCCAUCUUUGGAUGUCGGCUUUGGGAACAACCACAGCCAUAGCUUGUACUAUCCAGCCCUUGGGACGGGCUAUGACACGUUUCAUCUUGUUGACAACUUCAUUGACCCAAACUUCAAGCUCCAUCGCAUGUGUGCUCAGCUGAUCGGGGUUGUACUGCGACGCUGGGCCGACGCACUCAUUCUGCCCUAUGAUUUCCAUCGCCUUCGCAGUGAGAUAUCCGCGGCCUUCGACGAGCUUUGCAGCAAGCACUCCGCCACAAUUAACCGAUGGCACUUCGACAUGGACCCUAUAAGCUCGGGCAUUACAAGACUAGGGAUGAACCUGGAUGUCAUUGCAAAAUACAUAAAAAGCUACAAAGACACGAACCCCCUUGCUACACGUCGACUAAACGACAUGAUAAUGUACGUGGAACGCAUAUUUGUGCAGGGAAACUUGCAGGGACUUGACCCAGGAAAAUAUGGGAGCGUGAGAAAUGUGGUGUUUGGCUGGGCAAGCACAAACACGCGUCAGAUGACGUUCUUUCCUGUGCUGGACGAACUGUUGACAGAGCAAGGCGUCAACAAGGAUGGUUUCGGCCAUAACAUCAGUCUUCACAUCUCGUAUGUCGCCUCUAGCCUCUUGCAAGCAGCUGCUUACGUGGAUGUGGGGCGUGUUAUCUGAUCCUUAAAACGUUGCGAAAAGCUCGAAAUAAAGAUUGCACAGCUCAUCAA